CAUGACAAAAAAACACAACGAUUCGGGACGGCCGAACCCGGAAAAGAGGCGGAAUUUAUCAAUGGAUUUGCACGCCUCGCCUCCCGGAGGGCCACCGGUGCUCCGACCUAUCCAUACUGCUCCUCCUCCUCAUAAGCCGGGCCGGUGUCACUCUUUUUCCCGCUGGGACCAGUGCUUGAUGUCACAUUUUCCUUUUUCAAAACCUGAUUAGGGCGGGCUAUGCGCGGUGGGACAGGGAUUCCGUGAUGCUCUCUUUCCGCGUGGAUGAUCUUGCGGUCGAAUGCAUCCGGUGGUAGCAAGCUGGAGCAGGGCAGUGUUUGUAAUUCUAAAGGGAAUUUCCAGACGCAUCAGCCACAGCGGCUGUCCACACCAGUCUACGGUCGGAAAAUCUGCGAAGCUGUAUGCGGUGUUGAGUUUUGAGACGCGACCAUGGCCCAAGCAGUGUGUUGUUUCACCGGCAAUGCAGGCCUGCUUAGAAUUGGAAGAGAAUCAUCCUCGAUUGGAAAUUCUGGUCUAUGGCAUAUUUUGGUGCCAUUUCAGAUUAAUUUGGAGUUCAGAAGGAAUUAUUCUAGCCGACUUCCGAUAGGACUGCGAAGCGAGGUGCAAAGCAGGGAAGUUAAACGCUCCUGUGGAGAAGCGAAGGGAGGGUCUGCUAACUUCUUGUCCAAAGGAGACUAGAUCGUUGACCCGUGAUCUGAUUGCGGGGAGCUGAUAGCAUUAAUGCUUCUUAGAGAGUACCAUCAUGUCUACCACUAUGAUAUCGGACGAUCUGGAAGGCGGCAGAAGUGACGACAUCCAGUUGCAGCGGGCUCACAGACAAGGGCGACUAUGGGAUAUGGACCAACGGAUCGACCAGCCGCUUGGAGUCGAAGCCGACCACGUCAAGUCCAUGUAUACGAACAAGGCAGUUACGCUAGGUGCGAUAAUGCACCUAGCAUAUCAGAGCCUAGGGGUAGUCUAUGGAGAUUUGGGCACAUCACCAUUGUAUGUUUUCAAGAGUACAUUUGCUAAUGUAGCAGUUACUGAAAAGCAAGACAUCAUCGGAGCUUUGUCUCUUAUAAUCUACACCCUCACAAUUAUACCUUUGAUCAAGUACGUCUUCAUCGUCCUGAGGGCAAACGACAAUGGUGAAGGGGGUUCAUUUGCACUCUACUCUCUACUGUGUCGAUACUGUAAUAUAAGUUUGCUGCCAAAUCAACAUCCCACAGAUGUGGAACUCACUACGUAUCUCGUAGACCAUGCUAAUCAGAAGACCUAUCUACAAAGAAAGUUGGAAGGCAGCCCUUCACUUCAGAAAGUGCUGUUGUUGAUUGUGUUGUUGGGAACCUGUAUGGUGAUAGGGGAUGGUAUAUUGACUCCAUCAAUCUCAGUCCUAUCUUCAGUAGUUGGAAUUAGGGCUGCUUCAUCUAGCUUGGAUACCACUUUGGUGACGGUAAUAUCGUUGGUUAUCUUGGUCAUUCUAUUCAGCCUGCAGCGUUAUGGUACAGCAACAGUCUCAGUUGUGUUUGCUCCAAUAUUCAUGUCAUGGUUCAUCGUCCUUGCUCUGCUUGGUUGUUACAACAUCAUCAAGUGGGACAAGUCUGUAUUCCAAGCCUUCUCUCCUCAUGAGAUCAUACGUUUCUUCACAAGGAACGGAAGUGUAGGUUGGGAGAAUCUCGGAGGAAUCGUAUUGUGCAUGACAGGGACGGAAGCGUUGUUUGCUGACUUGGGUCACUUCAGUUUUCGGUCCAUUCAGAUGGCCUUCACUUCCCUAGUUUAUCCGUGCUUGAUUCUUACUUAUCUUGGCCAAGCUGCAUAUCUUGUGGGACACACGGAAAAUGUUAAUGAUCCAUUCUAUUCCUCACUCCCACCUCCACUUUAUUGGCCCAUUUUUGUGUUGGCAACAGUCUCAGCUAUGAUUGCAAGUCAAGCCAUAAUUUCUGCGACGUUUUCUAUAGUCAAGCAAUCAGUAGCUUUGGGAUGUUUCCCCCGCGUGAAGAUUGUGCACACAUCAAACGAUAUCGCGGGACGGGUGUAUAUCCCUGAAAUCAAUUGGAUUCUAAUGGGUCUGUGCCUGGUCAUUACAGCUGGUUUCAGAGAUACCAACGAAAUUGGAAAUGCAUACGGAAUCGCUGUGGUAGUUGUAAUGAUCAUUACAACCAUUUUAAUGACCCUUGUGAUGAUUAUCGUUUGGCGCAAACAUGUCCUCCUAGCCUUGUUAUUCUUUACCGUUUUCAUGGCGAUCGAAGUAGUGUAUUUAAGUGCAGUGCUGUUCAAGAUCACCCAAGGUGGAUGGGUCCCGCUUGCCAUUGCCGUAGUCUUCGGAACCAUCAUGUACACAUGGCACUACGGUACUCUGAAACGAUACCAGUAUGAGAUGCAACAUAAGGUCUCUGUGGGAUGGUUGUUAGGACUAGGCCCCAGUCUCGGCCUGGUGCGUGUUCCAGGGAUUGGUCUCAUGUACACAGAUCUAGCGCAUGGAGUUCCUCCGUUGUUUUCACAUUUCAUCACCAACCUUCCGGCUAUCCAUUCCACAGUAGUCUUUGUGUGCAUCAAGUAUCUGCCAGUUAACACUGUUCCACAAGAGGAAAGGUUUUUAAUUCGUCGCAUUGGAACGAGGGCUCACUCCAUGUACCGUUGUGCUGCACGGUAUGGUUACAAAGAUAUCCAAAAGAAGGAUGACAAUUUCGAGCAACUGCUCAUUCAUUAUUUAACAAAGUUCAUUGAGAUAGAAAAUUUCAGAGAACAAUGUGAUCUGCAAUCCAUGGCUGCUAGCUGGACACCUGAGGAGGAGAGUGUCAGAUCUAUGCCAACUAUGAAUUCCCCAAAUUCUUCACGAUUGCAAAGAGCGUUGAGAUCAAAUGGCAUCACGAGAGCAGAAAAUUCCGUCGGGAACGGCCAUUUGAGUCAAUCAUGCACCAGCUUGGCUGAGAUGCCAACUAACCAGAGUGUCGAUGACAAUUCUCAAAUUCAACUGAGUAUCAGUGGAAGCAAUUCUGAUAUUCAGGACGAGGUUGCUUUUCUCAAUAGUUGCAAAGAAGCUGGAGUGGUCUACAUCCUCGGCAACAAUAUCGUCAAAGCCAGAAAGGAUUCUGGCUUAUUCAAGAAGCUGAUUGUCAACUUCAUUUAUACCUUUUUACGAAGAAUAAGCAGAGAUAGUCGGGUGGUGCUCAACAUCCCUCAUGAGUGUCUGCUUCAGGUUGGCAUGGUGUACUAUGUAUAAUUUUGGACUGUUCUUUUGUUUAAGACAGUAGAAUUUACACAUAGAUUCCAAAUCUACCCCAGGAAAGAUGGGGCAAGCAUAUGGAGAAGCACAUACCAUUACUGAACUGAGCUUAUGAGCACAUCAUUGGGAAAUUGGAGGCAGAUGCAAGUGAGUGAGGUUUGGUCACAGCCUCAGGUCAAAAUGAGACUUGUUUGACAACAAUUCCGAUGCUGUACACACAUUAUGAUGAUCAGAGAAGUACAUCUUCAUGUACAGAGCUCAUUGUCUACUUGAAUAGGCCUCUACUUGUAAUCAAUGCUUGUCACGAAUAGUAUUGCCUGGGGCUGUAGCGGAUCUCUCAUAAUCUGGCCGAGUCCUUCGCUCCUUGUAUUAUCAGAAUAUUCUUUGUAAUAAUUUGGCACCACCGUAAACACA